AUUAGCCCGCAUUGUGCAACAUCAUCAAAGACGACGAUGCUGAAAAUGCCUUUCGUCACACACCUACUCCUCCUCGCCGUUCUCACGACGUGCAUACCUAAUGCGACUGCGCUAGGGUGUCCAACGGGAUGUCUGUGCAACGACGACACCUACGUUGUAGAAUGCGAACGCAGCAAACUGGACGUGAUACCAAUAACCCUAAAUCCCGCCAUACAGAGACUGGUUCUCAGAAACAAUAAGAUAAAAACUGUUGACUCGGCAUUCCAGUUCUACCGGGACCUGCAGUACGUAGACCUUUCCAGCAACCACGUCGUCAACAUCCCGACGAGAAGUUUCCUGCACCAAGAGAAGCUGCAAGAACUCCACCUCAACAAAAACAAAUUGUCGAGUCUCAAUAACAAGACCUUCCAGGGCCUCAAGUCUCUGACGGUCCUCAACCUCAGAGAGAAUUUCUUAGAAGAGCUGUCCAAAGGUCUCUUCUCCAUCUUGCCCAAACUGGAGGAACUGAACUUGGGACAAAAUAGGAUAUCUAAGAUAGAUCCUCUGGCUUUCGAUGGGCUCUUCAGCCUCAGGGUGCUGUAUUUGGAUGAUAAUUCCCUAAGUGCAGUUCCCACCCCCUCGUUUUCGGUUCUUGGCAGUCUUGCAGAGUUGCACGUGGGUCUCAACGGGUUCACCGUGUUGCCCGAUGAGGCGUUCAAGGGACUGGGAAAGCUGUCCGUGCUCGACGUCAGUAGUGGAGGUUUGUCCAACAUCAGCUCUAACGCUUUCAGAGGUCUCACUGGAUUGAGAAGUCUCAACCUAGCCGACAAUAGAUUGGUGCAGAUACCUACUGCUCAGCUUGGAUACUUGUCAAGGUUGGAAGAUUUGAUAAUUGGACAGAAUGAGUUUACCCGUCUCGGAAAAGGUUCCUUCAAAGGAUUAACCAAUCUGAGGAAGAUUGACAUCACAGGUGCCAACAAUCUGGAGCACCUCGAAAAGGGUACCUUUAGCGACAACCUCAACCUGGAAACCAUAGUUCUGGUGAGCAACAAACGUCUCGAAAGCCUAGAAGACGGAGCCUUGGUAGGUCUACCAAAUCUCAGACAUCUGGUGCUCCGAGAAAACUCUAUCAGGACUAUUUCCGAAUCGGUGACAAGCUGGAAUGAGCUGCGCGCCCUUGAGCUGACAGACAACCCCAUCAACUGCGACUGCCAAUUGCUGUGGUUGAUCAAGUCCAUCAACUCGAAGAACCUCACCAACGUGCAGUGUUCGACGCCUCUACGGCUGCGCGAUCGUUCCUUGAGGACUUUGACACCCGACGAGUUGGGCUGUUCUUUUCGGGACAGCAGGCAGCAAGCCAUCAUCAUAACUUUCUGUGUUAGUGCUACGAUAUUGCUAGGUUUGCUGGGGUUAUUUCUUUUUCGCUACAGACAGAGGGUGCGGGAGGCACUCAAAGACUACAAGUGGAAUAAACGAGCAAUCAGCAGAAAGGAACACGAGUACCAGAAGACUUUUUCUGAUGAAGAUUAUAAUGCACGUAUGGGCCAGCACCAUAUUAAACAGAUUCCAGUGACGGAAUUGUAGCUAGAGCUUAGCGCGCCACCUUCUGGGGUAUUCUGUUUAGACGGAGAGGGUAGGCGUGCUGCAAAAGGUCCUCGAGGCACAUUACCCGCCACCGGCUUCACCUACAUGACCGGUGAUACAUGCAGAGCACACACGUUGAAGGCAUACAAAGAUACAAGAAAUGGCUUACCCAAAUGCCACAUCGACCUAUUCCAGCAUUAGUAUGUGUGUGCGCUUCGAAAAGGAUUUGGCAGUUAUGUCGAGCAAUAAAUGAAUCCAUUCCAGAGUGUGAUUUUACGAGAUAUAGAGAGACUGUACAGUAGUCGCUAAGUGUAUUUUUCUGUGUGACUGUGAGAAAACAUCUGUUUUGUUUCGUAGGUAAUCUGUGAUAUCCAAUUGCAAACUGGUAAAUCCAGGUGGGUGGAGAAUGCAAGGUAGAUUAAGUUCAGUCGUAUACAAAGCAAACAGUUUGAUGAGAGGUAAUGUUACACAACUGCAGCAAUUCUCUGCAAAUAUAAUAUCACUACAGAACAUAUAACUUCCAGAACUGGACUUUAUUAAAUAUUGUUCAUUUGAUGUGGAGAAAGACAGCUUCUAGGGAAAUUUUACGAGACUGAACAUUUAAAGUUACCACGAUAGAUCUUGUAUUUUUUUGUCACUGUGAUAAUCCGAACAGUUCUAUGAAAUUCUUUCAAUUCUCCGCUCACCUAUUUUGAAAUCUGACUGAUCUAUCACAAAUUCCUUACGAGAUGAAAUGGGAGAAACUAUAGCAUUGUAAAUUAAUUUUCUAUGUCCCAAACUGUGUUUAUUUUUGAGUUAUUCCAAGUCAAACAAUAUAAUAAAUAUUUCAAGCUGAAUAUGGCUGUGAGAAAAAAAAUUUGCAAAUUCAUAUUAUUGUAAGAAUUAUAAGUUCGGAUUUUUUUCAAAUAACUAUUUAGAAGAUUGUGAUUUACUUUAUAAAUUGAAAUAUUUCUGUUAGUGAACCUUCAACACCAACCAUUACAAAAAAGAUUCCAUUCUAAUCAUUUCCAUGUUCAUCAUCAGAACAGUAUGAAUGUUAUUCCCUUAUAUAUUGAUAGAAUUGUGACUUGAGUAAUUCAAAAGAAAGCGCUAUGUUGAGACAUUGUUUGUGAACAUAUAUUGAACGUAAACCAACAAUAUGAACUACAUUUUGACAAACAUUCAUGUAGAAUGAAUGAUAGAAAUUAUAUCGAAUUCAGAAUUGACAAAUAGUUUUGUGCUGAAGCGCCAAGGUUCAGGCACCUUGAAUAUAUUAUCAGUACAUUAUGUGAUGCAGGGCAACUAGAGAAAAUGUGAUAUUUUAUGACUGCAUAUGUUUAGAACAGUAAAGAGCUAUGAAUUGUGAAUCAUUUUCGUUUAUAUAUUAUAAGUGCUGGAUUUCUCCAAACAAGGUUCAAAAAAGCUUAGUGACCUUUAAUGUAAGCAUAAAAGUCAUAUAUUCAAUGUUUAAUUUUACUGGGACCCAAAGCUCCUUCUUUUCAAUGACUGAUUUACAGUUUUUAGAUUUUCGUUCACUGUUUUUGUGAACCUUGAACAUUAUCAACCUCAAGAUGGAUAGAAACCCUGGUGUAGUCACCGAUUCCCUUUUGUUUUGUCAAGAGCUGCCUGAAAAAAUUAACCCUUGGUCUACUGGCCGUAAGGGAAGCAAAGGGCAUAAA